AUGAUGUUGGAGGUUGUUGGACAAUUUGGAACAGGGCUCCCACCUCCUACCAGGUAUUCUUUGAGUGACCCACUCCUAAAGCAUGAGGUUGAAAGAACAAAAAGCUUGUUGAAAAAAAACGAAGAAGAAUGGAAAGAGAUUGGAUGCUCGAUCAUGACGGAUGCUUGGUCCGAUAGAAAGAGAAGGAGCAUUAUGAAUUUAUGUGUAAAUUCAAAAAUGGAUACCGUUUUUUUAUCAUCAAAAGAAUGUUCCAAUGAAGCACAUACAAGCCAAUACAUAUAUGAUUAUGUGGAAUCUUGUAUUCAACAAGUUGGUCCCGAUCAUGUUGUUCAAGUUGUGACCGAUAAUGCCACGAAUAACAUGGGAGCUGCAAAGUUACUACAAGAGAAAAGACCAACUAUUUUUUGGACAUCAUGUGCGACACACACAAUUAACCUUAUGCUCGAAGGUAUCGGUGGACUUCCAAGGUUUAAGAAAGUAUUAGAUCAAGCAAAGAAAUUAACCAUCUUCAUUUAUGCUCACCACAAAACCUUGGCAAUGAUGAGAAACCACACCAAGAAAAGGGAAAUUAUCCGACCGGGAGUCACGAGAUUUGCUUCCGCCUUUCUAACAUUACAAAGUUUAUCCGAAAAGAAGGAGCAACUAAAAAAUAUGUUCUCUAGUAACGAGUGGGAGGAAUGCAAAUUUUCCGGUACCCCUAAAGGAAGAGCCUCAUAUGGAACGGUGACAAGUCUCCAAUUUUGGGCCGGUGUGACACAAUGUUUAAAAGUGUUUUCCCCUUUGGUGAAAGUCCUUCGAAUGGUUGAUGCGGAUUGGAAGCCCUCAAUGGGUCUUGUUUACGGUGAGCUUAAAGUAGCAAAAGAAGAAAUUAUGAAAGCUUUGGGUGGCAACGAGAAAGCUUACAAGCCUAUUAUAGAUAUCAUAAACAACAAGAUGAAAGGUAGGCUAGAUUCAAAGUUACAUUUGACGGCUUAUCUUUUGAAUCCUUAUUACCAUUAUAAUGAUUCCCAAAUCCAACAUGAUCCCGACGUAAUGGAUGCGGUUCUUGAAUUUUUUGAUACAUUACUUUUUGGGGAUUUUGAGAUGCAAAGACAAGUCGUGAUGAUUGAUUUGCCAAAAUACAAGGAAAAGGUUGAUAGAUUUGGAGCGGAUCUUGCAAUUAAAGGUUGUAUAGUGAACAAUCCCGACUUUGAUCCGGCAAGAUGGUGGGGACUUUUUGGCGGCUCAACUCCUCAUUUGAAAAAGAUUGCAAUGAGGAUUCUUUCUUUAACUAGUAGCUCAUCGGGUUGUGAAAGAAAUUGGAGCACGUUUGAAGCGGUACAUACGAAGAAACGAAAUAGAUUGGAGACAAAUAGAUUGAACAAUCUUGUUUAUGUUCAAUUCAAUGCUAAUCUAAUGGAAAAAAACAAAAAGAGAAAAGAUAGGACUUUGGAAGUGCUUUUAGCAAAUGAUUCUCACUCGGCUCAAGAGUGGAUUAUAGAUGGAGAUGACGGUGAUGGAGAUGAAGUUGACCCCGAAUCAGUUAUGGAAGCGAUUGAUGAAGCUCUCAAGACUAAUGAUAAUCAAGUACCCCGUAAAAGUUCAACAACAAGAGAACUUUAUGAUGAAGAUUUCGAAUCCGAGAAUGAGGAGCAAGUGUUUGAAGAAGAUGAAUAUGAGUCAGAUGGAGUUAAAAUAGCGGAAGAACUUGAAGAUUAG